UUGCAUUCUCGCGCGUGGCUGUCAGCAGCAGCAGCGAGCUUCAGUGGACGUCCACAGCCUCGCUCUGUCAGGGAUUUCUCCGGGAUCACAAGAGACGCUUGAGACGUGCGUCUACCUGCGUACACUGAAACCCUUGCAUUUGGAUAUUGCUGCCACUUGAAACGCAUCCGCACACUUCAGUCUCGUGGUGUUUUCCCAGCUUUUGAAGUGAGCUGCUGCGUAAUGAACUGCACGCCCGAGGGGAGACUCAACACAAAACUUUAAAGGAGACUUCUGGAACUUUUGGAGUUACAUCUAAAGUGUAUAUCGCGGAGAGCUCAUGUAAUUUACCAUAAUCCGUCAGAAGCGGAAUAUUUCUCCGGGGAACUUACAGAAGGUUUUUGUUUUUUUUAACAUGUUCAGCAAGUGCUCCGUUGUGUUAUUGAAUGUCCUCUUUCUGGUACGGGUGCUCUCGGCGCACGAGUGCACGGCGUGUAACCUCCGGACAUGCCCCGUCAAAGCCCCGCAUGGCUGCGAAGGUGGCCGGACGUUGGCCAGGGAUCCGUGCGGGUGCUGUGACCAGUGUACCCGGCUGGAGUUGGAGACCUGCGGGGGACAGGACUGGGCGCACGGCUACUGCGCCCUGGGGCUGACCUGCGCGUCUGUCAACAAAACAGGAGCAGCCACAAUCCCUGAGAUAGGAGUGUGUAAAGUGCUCCCUGAUCAUCCAGAGGCUGGCCUGGAGGAUGAGCGCUGCCCCCUGAUGACAGGCUGCGACCGAGCAGGAGGUCAGUGUGUGUGUGAUGCCCGUCACUCCUGCUUGGGCUCUUUCACCUACCCGGACCAAGAAACCUGCAUGAAAGCAGGCAAAUCAGAGGGUCGCAGGCACGAGCACAGGGACAGACACAGAGAGAAGUAUGUGGGACCAUCCAACCCGGCCUGCCUGUUCUCUGGGUGUAACCUGACCGCCGAGGGCUGUGUGUGUGAGUCUCAGAGCUGCCACCACCACUUCGCCUACAUCAACCGCAGCCAGUGCCAGGAAGCAGCAGAGGAGCUGAAGUGUGCCGGAGUGACGUGUCCCACCCUGCAGGUGCCCUCCUGCCCCAAGGGUUCAGUCCUGACCAAGAGUUACACGCCCCCUGCUGGUUGCUGCCCCUCCAUCCCACCCCAGUGCACUUGCGACCUCCGUGCCUGCCGCAAGCCCCAGUGCCCGAGUGGUCAGCGCACUGUGCCAAUCAGCCAGGCCAGUGGUCAGCCAGGGGACUGCUGUGAUGUCUUCGAGUGCCAGAAAGUCUCACCCAAGUGUGUCCACAAUGGGAAGGAGUUUUCCGAGGGAGAGGUGUACCGCAUGGACCCCUGCUGGCUGUGUCAGUGCCGGGGAGGAAUCUCCUUCUGCUCAAAGGCAGAAUGUGCUGAGCUGGACUGUGAAAACUUCUACAUUCCCGACGGCGAAUGUUGCCCUGUCUGCAUAGAUGUAGAGUUACUGUCAAUGGAUAGCACUAAGGCCAGUUGCUGGGUGAAUAAUAAGCUGCGAGCCCAUGAAGAGCAAUGGAAAGAGGAUGACUGCACCUUUUGCCAGUGUGUGGAUGGAGAACCACACUGCACGGCGAUGGCCUGCAAACAGAGCUGCCAAAACCCUGUCAAGAUCCCGGGAGAGUGCUGCCCCUUCUGUGAAGAGCCUUCAUAUGAAACAGUCAGCCCCAUGCUAUGCCCUCCCCUGGAGAACUGCUCUCUUUCAGGCAUUGACUGCCCCUAUGGUUUCCACCAAGACAGAAAUGGAUGCCUUCUCUGCCAGUGCCUCAACAAUGACUCCUGCCCUGACCUGGGAACAUACUGUUCCCUGCAAUGCCCAAUGGGAUACGAGAGGGAUGACUUUGGCUGUGAGGUGUGUGAAUGCAGCAUCCCCAUGCCCAAGUGCCGACCUUUGACCUGCACUAAGACCUGCCCCUAUGGAUAUGUGAGGAACAAGCAUGGCUGUGAGAUGUGUCGCUGUGUCAAGUGUCCUCCAUUCACCUGCGACAAGCACUGCAGUGAGGGCUAUCGACAGAACAAAAAGGGCUGCUCAAUCUGCAUGUGUAAAGAAAGCGGCCAUGACCCGAGCACUGCUGCCCCAGCACCAAUGCCCAGCUACUGCCUCACCUCUAACGGGCAUCGAUACGAGGAAGGUGACGGCUGGCACGAUGGCUGCCGUGACUGCUACUGUCACUCUGGACGGGAGAUGUGUGUGCUCAUAUCCUGCCCUGUGCCCAGCUGCUCUAAUCCUGUUGUGAAGCCUUACCAGUGUUGCCCUACGUGUGAGGAUGAGUCAGGCAGCGGUCAGCCAGAGGGGAUGGACAUGGUGGUGUGCAGAGCUCCUGGGGGCGAGUUUUAUGUGGAAGGGGAGACCUGGAACUUGGACGAGUGCACACGCUGCACCUGCAGGAAGGGACGUGUCCUGUGCGAUACUGAAGUGUGCCCCCCAGCUCUCUGCCAGACACCAAUCAGGAACAAGGACACCUGCUGCCAUGUAUGCCCAGUCUUUUGCUUUCAUUCUGCAACUCCAGAGGAGACGUUGAGCCCCUUGCUCCCGGUGAACAACAGCCAGCAGGAGUACUGCAUCACCAGCGAUGGAGACGUGCUGCUGGCCGGAGACUCCUGGAAGGCCAACGCCUGCACCAGCUGCACCUGCAACAACGGCACCAUUCAGUGUUUCUCCCAGCGCUGUCCGGCUGCCAACUGCAGGGUGCCCGUCUUACGCAAGGGCCAGUGCUGCCCACACUGUCUUGAAAUAACAACCGCAGUGCCGGUGAUGGUGUCAACCAGCGCUCCCAAGACAACGACCACUGUGACAGUGGAGAGUGCAGUAUGGAUCACCACUGUCACUGUAUCGCCUAUAAUCCCUGAAACAGAUGAGCCAGCUUUGGGUGAGAAUUACCCCAGCCAAACAGAGAUGGCCCUCAUCUACCAAUCAGCAGCCUGGAUCCUGGCAGGUCUCCUCCUGGCCAUCAUCAUCUUCCUCAUCGUGGCGUUGCUUAUCAACAAGAAAAAGAAGUGGGUGCAGAUGUCCUGCUACAGUGCUCCAAAGAAGACGGUGAUCCUCAAGAAACAUGUGAACAAGAACGCGGUUGUCUACAUGGAGCCCUCCAAAGAGAACAAGUUUCAGAACGUGAAGAACGAUUGUGGCAUCAUCCACUUCUCUCCAGAAAUGAGCUCCUCCUGCGUGGACAAGAUGACCAUCCCCAGGGCCAAGCUGAGCAUGGGCAAGGACUGGACGCAGCGCUAAAAAAUACACACCUCUCCAAUCCUGCAGAUCAGAGGUCUCCAGCCCCUCACUCUCCCUCACUGCUGGAUCCAAGAUAAAACACCUUGGACGCCACCUUGUCCUCAACCUUUUCUCUGUGUAACAGUUUAACUGAGGAUGUUCUCAAAGAGGCAAAAAGUGACUCCUGUUUCUUUUAGUUUGUGUCCGUUUUCGUCUGUUUUUGGAUCUUUCGGGUGAAGCGUAGCGCUUGGAGGUGGACUGACAGGUGGACUUAUUUAGGACACUCUGGGCUCUGCUUUAAAAACAGAAGAGGAGGCAGCCACAGAGGCUCCUCUGUCAGAAUCAGACUUGACUGUGAACUUUGUAAAAUUAUUGCUCAUUAUUGCCUCCUUUGAAACUGGAACUCUGAGGCAAUAAGAAGAGCAUAAAAAGCUUUAGGACGGGGGUUUGGGCUGGAGUUUAGAGGGGGUUUAGAGGACGCUGCCCCCUCUCUGCUCAGCAGUGCUUCUUGGAUGUAAUCAUCUUCAUCAGCGGGGAGGCCAAAGGAACUGAUAAUCCUCAGAUCAAAACUGGGUUCAGAAGCCAAACCAUAACAAGUCAACAGGCUUUAUAUAGAGCCCCUUAUCCAAACCCCUGCUAUAGAAUGUAUGGUUUCCAUCUUCCUUUUUGUAUAUUUCUAGUGUUUGUUCUUGUUGUAGUGUUGUUCUUGGCCUACUCCUGUUUUUAUUAUGGGCCAGAAUGAAAUAUUUUGAAGAUGCCAGUCUAAACAUUCCCCCCGAUUAAGUUCAGGAAGGACAAGCUUCCCAAAUAAUAGCCUACCUUCAGAUGACCCCAGUCAUUCCAUUCAGAAAACUCAGACAACAAACCACAGUCCUACGAAAGGAAACAUUUCAUUCUGCUCUCUGAAACUCACCCGCAACACAGUAGCCAGUAGGCUUCAUGUUUCUUGACCGUGUCAGGCGUGCUUCAUCAUCUUGAUAAUCACAGAAAUGAAGUUAAAGUGGAGUGAUGUUGAUCCUGGAAGGAUGUCAUUUUAAUGAAUGCAGAGGAAAAAAAAUAGUACAGACUUCAUCUGGACUGUCAAUGAAUGUCUUUGUUCCAUGCCUCACUUUGUAACUUCAUACUUCAUUCACAUCCCUGUGUGUGUGUGUGUGUGUGUGUGUGUGUGUGUGUGUGUGUGUGUGUGUGUGUGUGUGUGUGUGUGUGUGUGUGUGUGUGUGUGUGUGUGUGUGUGUGUGUGUGUGUGUGUGUGUGUGUGUGUGUGUGUGUGUGUGUGUGUGUGUGUGUGGAACUACUGCUCACACUGAAUGUUAGAGAUAGUAAGUAAUGAUUCAGUUUUAGGGCCUGUUUCCACUACUGGCACUUUUUGCACAGACAGCAACAAACAAACUCAAAUUCAGAGUGUUUCUCACUGGCGCUUAGUAUUGUUAGGUUGGGGCUCUUCUGCUCUUCUUGUUAGUGACAUUAAGUCUGUUUUAUAUUUUUCUGUAUGAUUCAUAUUUGCUUUUUUCAAGGAAAUUUUACAAAGUAAAAACAAAAUUUAUGGAGAGGAAUGAUGGCCUGGUAUUAGCAGCAGCUCCAGUUACGGAAACUGUACCCUUGAAGAAAUGAGUGGUUAGUUUCGCUAUUAUGCUGCUAUUAUUGACAAAGUUGACGUCAGAGGUUCCACCUCUUCUUGACUUUGGUGGGUGAGGGAGAAGUUACAUUGAUGAGCGUUAUGGUGUUCCAAAGCAUUUUCAAAUGAGGGCGCUGAGCGCAGUGACAAAUAACAGCUGACAUCAAGGGUGUUUCCACUGAGUGCUGAAAACGCUGAACUGCAUUGGUUUUGUGCAGCACACAAAAUGCUUGUAGUGGACACAGGCCCUAAUAAGCCUUAACUCUCUAGCCUUAAAGCAUUUUCUUUGUUGGUGUCUUGUUUUCAAAAGAACAGUUUGUCUGGAUCAAGGAAACAUAUAUAUAUAUACCCGCUAUUAAGAUGAGAGAUUGUGUUGUACAGCAUCAUUAACCCUUCAUAUACAAGAGAAUCAUGGGAUAAGGAAAUGUAUGGGUGUAAUGGGAGCUGGAUAGUAACUGCACGUAAUGGUUCAUUACACCUUCAGAACAAGUCAAAGAGACGUGGCACCUUUCUUUGGAGCCAGUUUAGAAAGCACCCUGCAGGAUUCCUGGAGGGAUAAGGACCCUAAUCAGGGAUUUGAUAGGCAUAUUGAGCACACUGACAUGUUAGACCACUCAUGUGAACACGCUGAUAGAGCGAGAGGCUCGACACAGAUAUGAUCAGCACAGGGGAAGGACUGAAUCUGAGAAGUGUUAUGAAACAAAAUGUGGGUUCAAUAGAAUAUAAAAAAAGUUUUGGAUCAGAGUUCUCAAUCCAUUGCCAAUUUUUUACAAUACAAAGACCAUUCUGAUGCCAAAAUUGGUUGGAGACCAAUUUAUAGUGAAGUGUUUGAGAUACUCAGUAGAUGUGUCUGUUUGAAUCAUGACCAUGUGCUUUAAAAUGAAGAGGUGACUGUAAAAGCUUGCGCAGUUCUUUGUUCUUCUUUGUGUAAAAAAAAAAGUAGUUUAAAUUAGGACAGAAGAGUACCUUAUUUAUUUUUUCACAUAGCUUUAUUUAUUAAUACUAUAGUUUGAGUUUUUGUUUUUCUGAAAAAUGAACUUUUGGUAGCCAAAGCUGCUGUACAUUGUAGACUAUAUACCAUUUCUAUCUGCUAUAUUCUAUUCAACCUUAUUUAUUUCACCGUGUCAAACCUUGUAAAUAUGUUUCCUAGAUGAUGAAAUGUAACAUUUCCAUGUAUUUUGAAAAAUAAAUGUGUGAACCGAA